AUGGGAAGAAGAAAGCUGAAAAUCCUGAGACUGGAGAGCAUCAAAGCAAGGCAAGCAACUUAUUCAAAGCGUAAAACCGGGAUCGUUAAGAAGGCGAAAGAGAUCUCGAUCUUGUGCGAUGUGGAUGUUGCUCUGCUGCUGUUUUCACCUACUGAUAAACCAACCCUGUUUGUUGGCCGAGAAAAGGGAUUGAGUGAUGUUCUUGAGAGAUUGUCGAAAUCGCCAUACGAGGAGCGCGAAGAAAGGAGGGAGUAUACAAUGCAGAUAUUGAAGAAAAUUUAUGCAAAUUCUGAGUCGGAAUUUCAACAAAAUAGCUCCUCACAAAAUGCUAGUGAAAACGCCCAGAAGGUACAUGAAGAUCAACUGAGGGAGCUGAAGGGAAAAUUGGCUGAGAAGAGCAAGAUACUAAGGGACUGGAAAGACCCAAGCAAAGUGGAGGACAUGGCACAAAUAAAGGCUAUGGAGGAACACCUCAUUUCAUCUCUCAAUGGAAUCCGAAACAAGAAGAGUCAAUUAGCAAUGGUGGAGCAGCAAGCCAGAGAAAGAGGUUUGGAGGUGGGUUUUUCAAUAAUUUUUCUUUUACAAACAAUCUAUUGGUCUAAUGGAAAGAGUCUAAAUCCCUUAAGUAAGGUUAUAGAUCUGAAUCCUAGAGAUUACGAAUAA